UGUAAAUAAGUUUUGACUUGUUCUUGGAAGUAAUUUAACAAUAUGAUGGCUUUAAAAGUGUUCAUAACCAUUCUUAUUGUGAUAACACUCAGCUCAGUUAUGUCUGCCAACUACAGACCACAGUUUAAUGAUGCUCUUGUAGAGAUCAACGCUGUAGCAGGUCGGACUGCCAUAUUACCGUGUUCAGCUCUUAACAAAGGGGAUCGUAAGAUUAUAUGGAUGAGUCCAAGACGAAUAUUGCUAAGUAAUGAAGAUGUCAUUGUUGUAAACGACAAUCGUGUCGGCAUUGAACAAACAAAACAAGGGGACUGGAAUCUUCGUAUAAAACAUGCCCAGCAUAAUGAUAGCGGAGAGUACCUGUGUCAAAUUAACACCAGCCCUGUUAAAAUAAAACGUGUUAGACUGAAAGUUCUAGUCCCAGCCCACAUUUUGAAUGAUUUGUCCAGUAGAGACAUAGACGUUGCGGAAGGCGGUGACGUAGUAUUGACGUGUAAGGCUACCGGCAUUCCACAACCAAAUAUCACGUGGUACCGGAAACCUAUCGGAGCUGAACAAAACAAAGAAUGUCCUUUUGCAGAUUUGAAUACUCAAGGCGAGUCGUUCUACAUUAAGAACAUAAAACGUUAUCAAAUGGAUGUACCGAUUGUAAAGCUGCUUAAUAAACGCCUUGGACAAAGUCUCGGGAAGGAGACUAUACUUGAAUGUAGUGUGACGUCACAUCCGCGCGCCAAAAUUAACUGGUAUAAAAAUGGCGUCCAAAUAAAUCAUAGUUUCAAAUAUAGACAGGAAGUGUAUCCAGGAAAGCACGAUACAUAUACAUUAACUCUUCAGAUAUUGUAUAUAAAUAAACAUGAUUACGGGGAUUACACGUGCGAGGCUGAAAACAGAAUGGGAACCCAAAGUGCAACAAUGGUUCUAUAUGAAUACAAAGAGCCAACGUCAAAACAAACAACAACACACAUUCCAUUUACAACGAAGUCCUUCCAGGAAGAGUACUACGAGAAUGUUGACAUAUUUAGUCACGACAAGAAACAUGGAGGAGAUGUCGCUCAAGCUGAUGGGGACAAAUUUACUCCAGGAAAUGGCUACAAUAACAACAAUAACUAUUUCAAUAGACAGGAUAUGAGCGAUUACCUAAAGGACACUGAUAUCAACACGGCUAACGUCGCAACUGUGAGAAUAAUACAUUUGGCUGUUUCUCUUAUCGUCAGUAUUUUAUUUCGUAAAAUCUAUCGAUAAGAAAAUAUAACGUUAAGACCAUUUCAACAAAAACAAGGACAUGGAGCAUACGAAAUUCAAAGAUGUUAAACAAACAACAUUCUGCCAAUACCUGCCCAGCUACCGACAUCACAAAGCUGGCUCUAACAUUGGCACUUAAUGUCUUAACAUAAAAUGUUUCAUUAGACAAAAUGAGCGCCAACAUGAGAUCAUAUGAUGACCCACGUGACAUAGGCGGUGGUAAUUUAACAAGUGUUCAUUUUUUGUGAGAUAAAAUGUUUCCUACAUACAGAGCUGCAGGUGUUGGACAACAGAUGAAGGAUAGCAGAUAACAUUUAACGUAUGAAAUUUGAUUUAGUGCUUCUGUUACACAGAUAUGAUUUAUGUGACAUUCGUUAACGGACAUGUUUGGCAUCUUAAACAGAUCAUUACUUUACAUUUUUUGCUGGAACAAUUCACUGACUCAAUUUAUUUACUAAACUGCAUAUUUCCUGUGUAUUCUUGUAAAACGGAAGUGCUUGAAGACAAAUAACACAUAUUUCUGUUGUGAAUACAAAAGUAACUUUCUGCACAGACACCAUAUGAAUUUGCCUUAUUUUUAGUGUAAUGAAAUUGCAUUAUGAAAAUAUGGGCAUCUUCAAAGUUGAUCUUAAUUAUUAAUUUUGACUGAUUAUAAUUUAACAAUAAGUGGUGUUUUAUUUUCAAAUUCCAAAUUUUUUAAUGAUUUUCUAUAACGUUUCCGAUAUGUCAGGCAUUUUAUUUAUGCCAUGACUGAUAUAUUAUUUUCAGUUUUACAUGGACAUUUCUAUUGUAGUUAACGCCGCUGAUCAUAAGUUUUAUCAAAGCUUUUGUCAUUUUAAAAUUAAUAUAGAUAUUUAUAUAUAUCUUAACAGCAUUAUUUCGGUGCAAUACCACAUUAUAUUGUACAUUGUAUAUACAUUUAAUCAUUCCUCUAUACUAUAUAUGUCGUUUGAAUGUAAGAAUUAUGCAACUGUGUGAUAGACGUGUUUGUGUAGCAAUAUCUUACAUUAGUGAUAUGUUAAAAUUAUGCAUUGAAACACAUGUUGGUGUGUAGUCAAUUUAUGCGUGACAACCAGACAACAAGAUAGUGAUAUGUUUACACAAGUAAAGACGAAGGACUCUGCUUUUUUAUUAUAUAAUGAUAUUACUAUAUUCAAAGAAACACAUUACACUUGAAUUGUGUAAAAUUUGAUCUUAUAAGUGAUAUAUGAUCAUGGAUCAUAAUGAUAGAAAUUGAUAUCGGUAUAUUUAAUAUACUAUAUUAUCUAAAUACAAGCCACAUUCAAAUAAGCACAACAAUUUAGAAAAACUUUUUCGAUCUGCAUUCCCAUGAUAUUUAAUGAAAAUAACAUUUGUUUUGUAAUGUAAAAACCAUUUAAAUUGCAUUUAUAAGAAUACUUCAGUAUAAUUAUAAACUAUUUAUGAUUUCUUCCUUUUUUAAAUUUGUUAUUGAUUAAACAAAAAUCGUAACAUAUACAGUGUAUAUGCCAAUAUUAAAAACUAAAGUGCCAUUAUAUAUUAUUUCAGAUAUGUAAUGAUUUCUUGUAUUUUUCUUUCUUUCUUGUCUCCUUUGAUCUAUGUUUAACAAAAGUAUGAAUUAGGUGAAAAUAAAGUGUUAUUUUUAAUUUUGAA